UUUCAUUUAUUGUUUCCUUCAGUUUAACUAACAAAACAAACCCCAUGACUGUCAAACGUGUGAAUCGAGUCCAAACGGCUCUGCUCUACACUUUACGUUCUGAGAAGACAAGCCAUGAAACCGGCUGCCCUUCAAUUUCUGCAAUCUUUUCCUCUCAAGAUUUCUGCAACCCAAGCCAUGAAAUCCCCGACCUAUCUUGCUCCUAAUUCUAUUCCUUACACCAAUAAAUUCUCUGUUUGUUUUCUGAAUUCCAGUAGUGUCUACAGCAGAUUCACUUCCAUGCCCCGUUUCUUACUAGUGAGAUGUAGCUCGAAAGAGAUAAACAAUGAGGGUUUGAAGGAUGCGAUAUCUGGUAUGGUGGAUAAGCGAGUAGAACAACUCUUGAAUCGAGAGGAGAAUAAGGUUUUGUUAGAUGGGUUGGAGGAGGCGUCACGUAGGGUGGAGAUGGCCAAGAAGGAGCUUGCAGACAUUGAAAGACAGGAAAUUGAAGCUGCCCAGUUGAGGGAUUACGUUGUGCAGCUGGAGAACAGAGCUUCCGAGAUCGCUGAAUGCCAGAGGGAAAUAUCAGAAGCACAGGCCAUGGUUGAAGAAGCUGAAAACUCUCUCUCGGCUGACGAUGUCAAUGGCAUCAAAUCCAUUGGCAAUGAAGAAACUUUCAAAGAGGAAGAGAGGUGGGAGUCUAUAAAAGCAGCAUCCGUCUCUGCUGUAAUUGGCACACUUGCAGGUCUUCCAAUUUCCCUGUCUCAAGUUAGCACCAAUUUCCAGCUUAUACUUCCAGUAGCCAUCACUUUUGUUAGCUGUGCUUUAUUUGGAGUUACCUUUCGCUAUACAAUAAGAAGAGACCUGGACAACAUUCAGCUCAAAACUGGGACUUCUGCUGCUUUUGGCUUUGUUAAGGGCCUUGCUGCACUGGGGGCUGGUCCACCAUUGGAAUUAGAUGUUGGGAGCUUCUUAUCACAUGCUGUGGAUGGUGCAGUCUGCAUAUCUGAGAAUCUUUUAAUCUUUGUUUUCGCCUCUAUUGGUCUGGAUUAUUGCUUUAAGAUGAAGUUAUUGAGUCCUUUUCCUAUUCAAAAAUCCAUUUCACAAAACAACACAAGAUGAUGAAGUCCUUAUUCUGGAGGUUACAGAUGCUUUCUGGAGUUGGGGGGCAGAAUUUGUAUUUCUGGGAUGAAAAUCAUGUUGUGAUACACAUGUAAACAGAUGCAUGGGUUGUCAAUUUUUCCUUCAGAUUGAUAAUGUCUCCAUUUUUUCAUCACAAUGUUCAAACUGGAUCAUUUAAGAUGCAUUGAAGGGGCGAGACUAUUUGGAUGAGCUUA